AUCGUACUAAUUUGAGAAUCAGUUUCCAGCACUCUUCACAGAGGACCGCAGGAUGUCUACAGCAAACUGUUCAGAGCUGGAUCUGGAGCUGGGAGACUUGCUACAGGAGUUUAAUGAUGUUGUGAAGGAGUUGAGCACACCUCACGCCUCUGAACAUGUGCUGGGAGAUGUGAAGAGACACACAGCACUGACUGAUGGAGACGACUCAGACUACUGCAGCGAAGCUUCGCUGGUAAACAGCUUGAAUGCCAGUCAAGAGGAGCUCAACAUCCCAAGCAUGACUACAGCCCCAAAAGCCAGGCUCGGGGACACCGGCGACCUACAGAGCUUCAUUGAAAACCUGGAUAGAGAGCUUGCAGAGAUGUGAGAUGACAGGACACACGUGAUCAGAGAGAACGCUGAGCACCUGAAGAGCUGGCAUUUAGCAAAGCACAAUCUCUGCUUCCACACAUAGAAAUUAGGCUGAAGAAAAACAGCUUGAAGGCUUCAUUUUUUCCCCUUCAUAAGGAACAAGAGCUCACGGUGACUUUUAAUUGGUCAAGACUGUUUGGAAGAAUUACCAAGUUUCUCAGAAGAUGUUUUAUUUUAAUAAAUACUUACUAAAUUUAUAUGAAAAGCACAAUGCCUUGUAAGUUAUGACGAUUAAUGUUAAUACCUAUUUUUCACUUUAAAAAAAAAAAAUGAAGAUUGUAAAAAUAUCAGUGUUACCAGGUUCAGUGUAUUGU